AUUUUUUUAAUAAUUUAGUGACUUAAUUUUAUGUUGGUAUCACUUAUAAAGUUUAAAACGUCAAAAUCAUUUUUUACUUAAAAACUAGUUUUUCAAUCAUCUUUAACGUUUCCCAUCGUAACCGAUUAUUUUAAUUUAAUCCCAACAUGAUGGACUUUUUGAAUUCAUUCAAAUCGCUGAUAAAAGUCGAACAAAUCCACACCGAUAAUAAUAUUUUCAAGUUGCAUUACAAGUUUACGGUGAUUAUGUUGAUAGUUUUUUCGAUUUUAUUAACCUCCAAACAAUAUUUUGGGGACCCAAUCGAUUGUGAGGUGAAGGCGAAGCACUCCGAAGUUAUUGAAACGUAUUGUUGGAUUUAUGGGACCUUUACAAUAAAGAAAACGUUAAAAGAGAAUAUUUUGAGUGGUUUGGGACCUGAUCCCCGAUUAUUAAGUGAUACGCUUCAAGAUUCAUCUGAUGAAAUAAUAACACAAAAAUAUUAUCAAUGGGUCUGCAUUGUUUUUUGUUUCCAAGCGUUAUUAUUUUACAUCCCGAGAUAUUUAUGGAAAAAUUGGGAAGGUGGACGAUUACGUUUGUUAGCUAAAGAUUUAGGGGGGCCUUUAAUCCCGAAUUGUUGGAAUAAAGAGGCGAAAGAACGCUUGGUUAAUUAUGUGUUAAGCGGAAAUUACUCCCACAAUCUUUACGCAUUAAGAUUCGCUUUUUGCGAAUUAUUAAAUUUUAUUAAUGUAGUUUGUCAAAUUAUGUUUAUGGAUUGGUUUUUAAGCGGUCAAUUCACCAGUUACGGCAUAGCUUUGGCACUUUACAAUGGAGAGAACCCAAUGACUCGAGUUUUUCCUAAAGUAACAAAGUGUACAUAUUAUAAUUAUGGCCCAUCUGGGGGUGUACAAAGAGACGAUGCUCUGUGUGUUCUCCCAUUAAACAUUGUUAAUGAAAAGCUGUUUUUGAUACUGUGGGUUUGGUUUUUGGUGCUUGCGAUUAUUAGUUUUUAUGAGAUGAUUUAUAGAGUCAUUGUGAUUCUUUCACCGAAAGUUAGGAUGUAUUUAUUGAUGGCCCACACUAAAUUUCUAUCAAGAAAAAACGCGAAUGUUAUAACCAGCAAGGUUUCUUUUGGUGAUUAUUUCUUUUUGUAUCAAUUAGGUAAAAAUUUAAAUCCGCUGAUUUAUAAAGAUUUUUUGGUUAGUAUCGCAACCGUUUUAAAGAGUAAAUCAACAUUGCCUUAUGAUCUCGAGGUUACUAUGCCUGUUUAAAAUCGUUUAAUUUGUUUUUGUAGUAUGUUUCUUUAUUUGUAUAGAUAUUUAUAUGCAAAAUUCCCAGUUUAUUUAGUCGAUAAGUUGUGUUUAUUAAAAGUUGAAUUUCCUAUGUGGUUUUCCUAAAAAAAGAGUUUAUUAAUGAAAUUAUUAUUUAUGGUUCACAU